UUCGAGUAACCAACUAUAUUAGAAAAUUAAACAUAGGAAGAUGUCUAGUGAGGCUGUGAACAAUGAACAGCUUCAUGUGGUUAUGUUUCCAUUCCUGGCAUUUGGUCACAUCAGCCCAUUUGUUCAGUUAUCCAACAAGCUGUUCUCUCACGGAGUUCGCAUCACUUUCUUGUCAGCUUCAUCUAACAUUCACAGAAUCAGAUCAACUCUGAAUCUCAAUCCAGCCAUUGAUGUUGUUCCACUUCAGUUCCCAAAUGGCAUAAGCAGCACUGCUGAGUUGCCACCUGAUUUGGCUGGAAAUCUCAUACAUGCAGUUCAUCUUACUCAACCUCAGGUAAAGUCCCUUUUGUUGGAACUGAAACCCCAUUAUGUUUUCUUUGACUUUGCACAAUUCUGGCUCCCAAAAUUAGCUUCUGAAGUUGGAGUCAAAUCUGUUCACUUCUCAGUCUUCUCUGCCAUUUCCGAUUCUUACAUUACUGUCCCCACAAGGCUUGUUGAUGUUGAAGGAAGAAGCAUAACUUUUGAGGAUCUUAAGAAACCCCCAAAAGGGUAUCCUCAAAAUUCCAAUAUUUCCCUCAAGGCCUUUGAGGCCAUGGACUUUAUGUUCCUCUUUCGAAGAUUUAAUGAUGCUGACCUAACUGGUUACGAGCGAGUUUUGAAAAUCCUUAGUGAAUGCUCAUUUAUAGUGUUUAAAACAUGCAAGGAAAUAGAAGGACCCUACUUAGACUAUAUAGAAAAGCAAUUUGGAAAACAAGUUCUGUUAACUGGCCCUCUAGUCCCAGAGCCUUCAGUAGAUGUGCUAGAAGAAAGAUGGUCCAAAUGGUUAGAUAAUUUCCCAGCCAAAUCUGUCAUGUUAUGCUCUUUUGGUAGUGAGACAUUUUUGAAUGAUGAUCAAAUCAAAGAACUAGCCAUUGGGUUAGAACUCACUGGUUUACCUUUCAUUUUGGUUCUAAAUUUCCCAUCCAAUAUGAAUGCAAAGGAUGAGUUGGACAGGGCAUUACCAAGAGGGUUCUUGGAGAGAGUGAAGAAUAGAGGAACGGUGCACACUGGUUGGUUGCAGCAGCAGCUUAUUUUGAAACACACUAGUGUUGGGUGUUAUAUAUGUCAUGGUGGCUUUAGUUCCGUGAUAGAAGCUAUGGUCAAUGAUUGUCAACUGGUGCUGUUGCCUUUCAAGGGUGACCAGUUUUUCAAUUCUAAGCUCAUAGCCAAUGAUAUGAAGGCAGGGAUAGAGGUGAAUAGAAAUGAAGAAGAUGGGUACUUUAAGAAAGAGGAUAUACUUAAGGCUGUGAAAACUAUCAUGGUGGAGGAUAACAAAGAACCAGGGAAGCACAUAAGAGAGAACCACAUGAAAUGGGGGAACUUUCUUUUGAAUAAGGAAAUUCAGAACAAGUUUAUCACAGAUCUUGUUGCCCACUUGAAGUCCUUGGCUUAAUUCACUACUGAAGACUUGAUUAGUCUCUUCUUCUUUGUGUUUGUGUUUUUGGUUUUGGUUUGUAAUCUUCAGCUCCAGCAGCUACUGUUGUUGUAUUCAGAAUAAUUAAUGACAAUGCUUCCCGGAUUUUUUUCAAUGAUCUUGCUAUCGUGCAUUGAAUUUCUGGUCUUGCAUACAGAGUACCAAAUUUAGGGGAUUUUUUUUUUUUUUUUAUAGCGGAAGUACUGAAUUCAGUA